AUGUCGCGCCCCAUCACGCGCCCGCUCAAGAAGGAUGUUCUCCCAACCGCCAUGAAGCCAUUAAAACCCGUCCUCUUUUCAGAGUCGCCUCGACCGUCAUUGCUCGUGCCUAACAUUCGCGCGCUCUCAUGGUCGGCGACAGGAGGUCUUCUGGCCACCUGCACAUCAGCACACAUUCGGAUUUGGAACUCAGAGAGGCCAAACGUGAAAAGCAGCACCGAGAUCCGGAGCGGACACAAUGGCAGCUUUGCUGGUAGUCCCGGCGGCAGUGCUACCGCGGUCGAGAAGGUCAUGUUCUGCCCGACUACUGAGAAUGUACUGGCCAGUACUGGACAGGAUGGGGGAGUGAGGUUGUGGGACGUCCGGGUGCCGGGAGGGGUGGCUGGGGCCGGCAAAGGGACGCAGCUGGCAGAUUGCAAGUUGGGUGAUCCUGGCUUAUUCCUCACCUGGCAUCCGAACGGGCAGGAGAUGGUAGUGGGCACCAAAGACGACAACGUCCAUGCGGUGGACGUCCGACGGAUGAUGGACUUUGACUCGGCAAGCAACACGUGGACUCUGGAACCUUCAAACCGUACGCCACUAAACGAGAAGGCAGCAUCGCCUCGCUACUACGCCAUGUGCUUCUCCAACUCUGGGAGAGAAGUCUUCGCCACCACCGGCGACGGCCCCGUCAAGAUACUCGACUACCCCAGCAUGUCCAUUCUGCACUCCCUCUCCGGCCACUCCUACGCCACAUACGCCGUACAACACUCACCCCGCGGCGACUGGUUGGCGGUGGGCGGAGGUGACAGUUCUAUCAGCCUAUGGGAUACCAACGACUGGCACUGCGCCCAUAACCUCACCUCGCACACCAGCGCAGUCCGCGAAAUCAGCUUCAGCUUCGACGGUGCCUAUCUUGCGGCCGGAAGUGGCACUGAUGCUCGAGAUGGCAGCUCUGGGAUCGACAUCUACCACGCAGAUACGGGAGACGUCGCGCAUACGAUCGACACCAGCAAUCCUGUCACGGUGGCUGCGUGGCAUCCGUUCAAGUACUGGAUUGCCUACGCUGGUGACCCGGGCGGGCUGAAGCUCAUCGGCCCUGGAUCUCCUUCCGCCUGA